AUGUAUAGGCAAAUAUCUCUACAAUGCAAUUGCCCAACCCCUCAAAAACAAACUAGCCUAUUGCCAUCUCCGGUUUUCAAAUUCGCCACGCACCGUUACAUAACCCAGGGAACCUCAGGAGGUGAGGAGACAAUAAAGCCACAGUUCCAAGAUUGGUCGCUUGUCUCCGCGUGCGCUAGUGCGGCUUGGCGGACGCUAAGGCCGGUUCAGGGAGAUGACCUUGAGAACUUUUUGUUCGCGAAAAUAAUCUCAUCAUCCCCAUCCAUCAACGCAAUACAUCUCACAUUCAUUCAUUUACAUCAGAAAGAUAUCCAUCAUUCGCUAAUCUGGUCCCAAAGGCAUCAUAUCGUCCGACGUGCCGCGCUCCGCGCUGCUUCCUCUUCCCCUUCCGUUGCGUUCGUCUCAACGCCUCGCUCCAUCACCACUGCUUCCCCGUUCCUGCGUUCGAGGUUGCAGGCAACCGGCGUCUCCUCGUCUGUAUUUAGACGCUUUGCUAGCGAUGAUGCCGCGUCGUUAAAUUCCGCAGAUGGCGAGAAGUCAACCGUUUCCUCCGCCAUCGGCUCUGCUGCCGAGUCUGCAUCAACGUAUUCAGGAGAGGCUGCUGAGAGUCUGGGUAACAGCGCCGAGCAGACGGGCGGAUCUUAUGGCAACGUUGUUAGGGACACUGCCGCAGGUGCUGCUGCAGGCCGGGCGUUCCAACCCAGAGGCGACAGGGGCGACAGGCGUCCAUCGAGACCCGCUUAUGAUAACCGCAGUAGUGGAUAUUCCGAUCGUGCCCCCAGCGGAUACGGCUCCGAUCGUCUCUCAGAUCGUAGAAGGCCAUACCCGCCGCCUGAAUUCAAGCCAAAUCCAUCCCUCUAUGUUGGGAAUUUGCUUUUUGAUAUCACGGCUAGCGAUUUGGAAGAGGAGUUCUCCCAGUUUGGAACUGUUAAGUCGACCGCCGUUGCAACUGAUGCAAGAGGAUUGAGCAAAGGGUUUGCAUAUGUUACGUUCGAGUCCACUGAGCAGGCAACCGCUGCCAUCGAAGCUAAACACGAGACAAUCUACGAAGGCCGUCGCUUAGUGGUCAACUUCGCCAACAAUCUUAGACAAGACCGGGUCCAAAAUCAAGCAAGCAAGACCCUCUUCAUUGGAAACCUUGCCUUCGAGAUGUCUGAUGCCGAUAUCAACAACCUCUUCCGCGAUGUUAAGAAUGUUAUUGAUGUCCGUGUUGCCAUUGACAGACGAACUGGUCAACCCAGAGGUUUCGCACACGCAGAAUUCGUUGAUGUGGAGAGCGCCACCAAGGCCAUUGAGGUUCUCAAGGACGAGGAAGUGUAUGGCCGUAAGUUAAGACUCGACUACAGCUCAGGAAAAACGGCCCGAGAUGGCCCCUCCCGCGACUGA